UUAGCCACAGGAAACAAUUCAAACCGGAUAUGACGUCACCAAGCGAGUCCUCUUGAAGACCUCGAAAAUGGCCGCCAAAGCAAAGAGAUUUUAAUCUACUGUCGAAUAAACGUUUCUGGGUGUGGAUUAAACCUUUUAAAAAAUACGUGGGGUUUCUCCUCUCGCACAUAAUAAUGCCACAUAUCACACAUAGUGAGUUUCUUCUGGAGCAGCUGAAGAGACAACGUGAGAGAAGCUUUCUGUGUGACUGCACGGUGGCAAUUGGACAGACUCAAUACCACGCACAUCAUAAUGUCUUGGCAGCCUUUAGCGAGUAUUUCUCCACCCAGUGCAUUGAUGCAGGCAGAGAAGAUGCCACCAUAACUCUGGACCCCGACUUGGUGAACGUUACUGUGUUCGAAAAACUAUUGACUUAUAUAUACACAGGGGACCUGAACAUGGACAGGGAUGAAACCGAAAGUAUUCAGAAAGCUGCGACCUACCUUGGGAUGCCUGAGGUUGUGGCUCGCUGUUCCAUAAGUCAAGAUGAGUUUAAAAGUGAUGCAUCACCCACAAGGCAAGCAGAUUAUAUAGACCCACGAUCCCCCCUGAGCCCAGAUGAUUAUGAACCUUUAGAACCGAUCUCGGAGGUGGAGGAACGGGUGCGGUUAAGGGAAGAGAUGGCUGAUGAUGAAGACUAUGACAAUGAUCCUGCGUCUACCGAUGAAGCAUUAUCUUCUAGCGACCAGACACCCCUGAGUGGUGGCAAGAGAGGUAGGAAACCCAAAUCCAGGGUGGAUGAGGAUGAUGUUGAGAAGGACAGUUUUAGUGCUCAGAGGGGCAGAGGAAGAGGAAGGGGUAGACCUAGAGGUCGUCCAAGGAUACGACCUCUUACUUUUGAUUCGACCGAUCAUUUAUCAGCGCAGCAAAGCACUAGUCCAAAAAGUGGAGUAAUAGGAAGAGGAACUGGAAGGCCGAGAGGUCGCCCGCGGAUUAGGCCGUUGCCUGCUGAGAGAACUGAUUCUGCUAACGCUGAAGAUGGUUCUGCAGAAACAAAGGAUUUGGAGGGUGAGAGCCCUGCCCGCAAAAGGGGUCGUCCACGAAUUAAGCCUCUGCCUGAGACGCUUGCUGGCACGGAGGAAGACAAAGGACAAGAAGAACAAGGUGACGAAGAACAAGCAGGCAACCCUGAAACUGUGAUUCUUGAAGAAGUUGAAGGUGAGACGAAGGCUGGUGAGGAAGAGGGCAGUAAUGCUGACCUAAAGAAUAAUCCAGAGAACCCAGAGGAAGUUGUUAAAAGAGGGAGAGGAAGACCACGGACUAAGCCGCUACCCACAGAGAACCAAACUGUGAAAGCUGAGACAGGAACCACCAACAGCGAAGAAGGUUCGGAAGCACAGAAAAAAGAAGGUACAGGCCGUAAAAGAGGAAGACCUCGGUUGAAGCCCCUUUCUUCGGAGUUGACCGAGUCCUCGAACCAAGCAGAGCAAAUGGAAGCAGGGAACGAUGGAGAAGUAGAAGAUAUGGAGAGAAGCCAAGAUUCUGAAAUACUCGCUGAUGGCUGUACUGAAGAGGGGUCCUCGCAAGGUACAGAAGAUUCUGGAGAUUCAAGUCCUUCUAAGAAAGUCCGUGCCAGCACGAGAAAGAGAAGCUUGAGCCGAAAGCUUAGGGAAAGCCAAGCAAGCAAUGAUGAGGAGGAAGAGGAUGAUGACGAAUUCGGCAAUGAUAAUGAGGACUGGGCAGGAGAAGAGGAGGUGAAGCCCUCGCAGGAUAAACUCAAGCCCAUUUGUAACGUCUGCGGGAACCUUUUUUCAGAAAUGAGCAGCCUGCGCAGACACAUGCGCAUACACAAGGGUGUCAAACCAUAUGAGUGCAAGCUCUGCACUCGCUCUUUCAGACAGGGCAACCAGUUAAAGACUCAUAUGCGCAUACACACAGGUGAGAAGCCCUUCACCUGCACAUCCUGUGAUUCACGUUUUGCGCAGAAGUGUCAGCUGGUCUAUCACUGUCGCAUGCAUCACGGAGAAGAAAAGCCGCACAAAUGUGAUUUCUGUGGGUCGGCUUUUGCCACAUCUAGCAAUUUGAAAAUACACAUAAGGAAGCACAGCGGUGAAAAGCCAUACGAAUGUGGAGAAUGUGGAAAGCGCUUUACACAGGCCAGCACUUUGAUGUACCACAAGCGGCGCCACACAGGGGAGAAACCGUACAUUUGCGACACAUGUGGCAUGGCCUUCGCUGUGUCCAGCUCACUUAUCACUCACACCAGGAAACACACUGGUGUGACUCCUUAUAUCUGCUUGGAUUGCGGAAAACCUUGCUUAACGUCUGGGGAACUUAGAAAACAUAUGGACAUCCAUAAUGGGUCAAGAAAAGUGAAGUGUAACCUGUGUGGAAACACAUUUUCAGACAUUUACAGCUUGAAAAAGCACACUGUUUUAAAACAUAAUGUUAUUCCCGACACAGAACAAACUAUUCCAAAAACCGAGUGUCCCCUCAACAUCCCCAUUGACCACCAGGGCCUGAUCGCGCGUGUACGCUCCGCCCUCGUCGAUUCUGCAGAUCACGAGAUCCAAAUGGAAUCACAGUUGCCAAUUUUGCCCCCAGAAGCUUCACUCAUCAUACAGCAGUCUGGAGAACCUCAAAUGAUCAUACAACAGUCUGGAGAACCUCAAAUGAUCAUACAACAGUCUGCAGAACCUCAAAUGAUCAUACAACAGUCUGGAGAACCUCAAAUGAUCAUACAGCAUGCAGACGGCUCAGAACCACAGAUGAUCUUCCAGCAUGCCGAUUCGUCCGAAGCUCCUGUCCUCAUCCAUGGAGAAACGGGCGAGCAAGUGAGCUAUGUCGUGGAACAGUACGAAAUUCCGGCCACUGACGAGAUGGAACACACGCAGAUUGUCAUUGUUCAGACCAUUGAUUAAAAUUCCGUAUUUUUCCUCCCUUUUAAAUGCUUUCUCCAUAAAGUGAAUACACAGAGUUAUCCUCCUAGAGAUGGCUGUCAUAGGGUAUCAAGGGAACAGAUGGAAGCAAUAGCUUACCUUCCUAAACUUCCCAUUAGAACUAUUUAUUUUUUAUUCUGAUUGAUGGAAAAUCUUAGCAGAUAUCAGCUAUUGUAACGGCUGUGUUUGUGUUUUUCUAUUCGUUCCUUUUUUAUUUUGUGUCCCAUUCAGAGCAGAACCUGGAUCAUCAGGCAUCAAAUAUAUGAAGGGAAGGCCAAACUUAGGUUUAGCUGUAAAAUAAAAAGCUGUGUUUGGAAUCAUUUUGUUUCAGUUGCUUAAAAAUACUUUAUUUAAUAUGAUUAUGGGAACACGAGUGUACAUUAUGAUUUUUUGUUAUUGAUAUUUAGAACCAUUAUCCAACAUUUUGAGCUAUAUCCAAUAUUUUGUCUUUUAAAAUUUGUAAAUAUCAAAAAUGUUAUAUGACCCAAGCUCAAAAAUUUGUUAUACGUUGUGGAAAAAAUAGGACCGUCUAAGUAAGUAUAUUUUAUAAUAAAUCAUCUUACAUCUUUUUUUAUUGUUGUUUAUGACUAUAUGUGCAAUGCAUUCAUAACAAAAAAAUAUAUAAAUACAUAUAAAUUAAAAUUUUAUUUAAAAUUAAUUUACCAUGCGAAACAUUUGGUUGGCCAGCAGAUGUCGUCCUUCCGCUGGCGCGUUCUUUAUUGCCAUAGCAACUUACUGUUGCCUCAGAAACUACACGCGCAGAAGAUGGAGGACUUAAAAAGUAGGUAUUUGUCCGCGUGCGAAGAAAUUCAGCGACUUCCCAAUGAAUGUAUUUUGAAAGUAUUGGCAGAUGGCACGAACAGCGGUGUUUCACUUAAACUAGCUGGUAGUAAUGAUCGACUGAGGCAUAAAGAGAGAUUGACAGAUGACGAUGUGCUUGUCCUGUCAAAAACGCUGGGUGGAAGUUCAGCAAUAAAGGGUUUAGACCUUAGAUACAACUGCAUCACGGAUAAAGGAGCAGUUUAUCUUGCAAACAUCAUUCAGCAAAAUAAAAGCUUGAGGAUGCUCAGAAUGACUGGAAAUAAAAUUGGGAACAAAGGUGCCAUGCAACUGGCUGCCAUGUUGCAGAUCAAUGCUACUUUAGUGGAAUUGGAUGUGUCAGAUUGUGACCUGGUAAUUUUACAUAUAACAAAUAUACAUACAAAUAUUAUAUACAUAAUAAAAAUUGUACAUUUUAAGUAAUCAGUGAUUAUUCACCAGACUACACAAAGUGUAAUAGCGUUUGCCAUCGUCUUGAGCAAUAACAGAAGAAUAUGUGCCAUUAAUAUUAGCCGACCUCUUCUAUUCAGUCUUCAGGUAUGUCUGAAAUGAAGUUGUUUUUUUUUU